ACUUCACCACCACAAGCAAGGAGCACAAGAUGACCGGGCACCUUGGAGCCGCUAUCCGUGAACGAUACGCCUGCAAGUCCUUCCUUUCAGAACCUGUACCGGAUGAGACGCUGCGGGAGAUCCUUAAGCUCACACAGGUUGGAGUUAUGCCGGGUAGUUUGAUUUCGAGAGGUACCUGACAUGAACUAUUGCAUUUGCUCUCUUUGUACUACACAGCGUAGUCCCAGCGGAUUCAACACGCAGUCCUGGGUUUGCAUCGUGUUGCGUACGACGGAGGACCGCGCGGCUUGACGACUGCAAUGAUGGACAGCAACGUUCGCAAGGUCAACGAGGCCCCCGUUGUGGUCGUCUUCGCUGCCGACUGCGAGCCCAGCAAGAACGUGCAGCGCAUGCAGCAACUCAACCGCGACAAUGGCGCCCCAGAUGAAUUCGUCAACAAAAUUCCGGCCCUUGUAGAGCUGUUUUCGGGCGAGCAUGACCCGAAAGUGUCGACCGAGGCGUGGGCGUACAAGCAGGCGUCGUUGGCCGCAGCAACCUUCUUGUACGCUGCCCAGGUGCACGGCCUCGCAACGUGUCCGAUGGAAGGAUUCGACCAGGCUGGAGUGAAGAAGGCUCUGAACAUUCCUGACCGCUACAGCAUCCCCGUGGUGGUGGCACUGGGCCACGCGAACCCAGCUGCCAAGCCAGCGAAGCCAUCGGUGCGCUUCCCUCCGGCAGAGGUUUUCUUUGACGGCAAGUUCGGGCAGUCCACAGAAGAAUUGUUUGGGGAGAAGUAG